AUGGUCAUGGAGGCAAAGCUACCUAAUUUGCCAAAGAAGGCUGAUAGUCAGGGUGUUGAGAUUGAUUAUGAUGACCCUGAUGUUCGUAACAGUAUUGUGACAUGUGCAGCACUCUCCUUCGAUGGUCAUCAUAUAGCUCUAGGUAUCGGUAGCAGUGUCAUUGAGCUUGCCAAUAUCGACCAUCAGCCCAUGAUUUCCCGACUCCAGCUUGAUCCACCCAACCAUCCAGUUUGGAUCGAAUUUGUCCAUGGCAGCCACCAAGUUGCUGCCGAGGACAAUGAGGGGAAUGUCACCAUCCUUAGCUAUGAUAUGACCCCCAUUAAUCUUGGUACUCUCCCCAAUGGUCCUCUUCCUGCUGUAACUCGAGUAUCAGAUGACGGAUUAUUUAUCAUACAGGUUCCGCGGAACACUGAUAGCCCUUGGUAUGACAACAUGACUCUCGUAUCUAUCUUGGGUGACCCACACAUGCAGCACCUCGCAGCACCUUCCAAUGGUUUCACUCCAGCUUCCAGCCCUCCUAUCGUAGCCUCCGAGACUUCUACUUCAUCUUCUGCGUCCAUCACAACUGAUUCAGAUGAUCCUCUGCUUGCUAUUCCUCACCGUCGCACGCUUGGGUUUUCUCUGGGAGCACAUUAUAUUGGCGUUUUCGAUGGCCUCAGGGCUUUCACCUGGUCGACAGAUUCGGGUGAGCUUAUUGUGAGUUAUCGUGUGACGGAUUUCAAUUUUUGGAUUAUGCAUCCUGCUGUUCCCCCUGCCUGCUCUCAUCACAUCCCUGAUCCUGUAUCCGCUCAACCUACCCUUCCCUUGACAGAAGGUGGAGCAGCAGAUCGACAUUAUUCUGAAACAGACAUGGGGAAUAACUUGGACGGGUCCUGGGUUAAGUGUCCAUUUUAUGUUCUCUCAAAAAGUGAGGAUGAGUGGGAUGAGUGGGACAAGAGAUGGUGGAAGUUUGAAAUCCAUUCGUCCGCUGCUGGAAGAACCCCACUGUUUGGAACCAAUAUAAACUGCACUGGGCUACCAGUGUUCUUCGAUGGCAAAUUAGAAUUGGUUAUUCCUGAGGAGUAUCAACCAGUUGUUUUUUCUGGUGCCAAAGGUCUAGGCACUUGGUAUGGUGAUCAAGUGCCAGCUGAUCCUACCCUUCUGUACAGCCCUCGGUCCAGCAAAGAUGAGACUCGAAUCCUCCUCCAAGGCCGGCAGACAGCUCCAAUCGUUAUUGAUCUUAGCCAAGUCAUUUAA